UAUGCCUUAAUCAAUGAAUUAUUUGCACCAAAUUAUGAAGCUGUAUUUAAGAUACAAGUCGUAAUCGGUUCGGUGAUGGCAAUAACAGCGAGGGGAUUCGCAAUUAUGGUUUUAAACGGAAUUUUUUCAGUUGUCUUUAUGAUUUGGGCGCUUAACAUUAACGCGGAAGAUUAUGGCGGACCUAAAUUAACCAUGUCGCCAUAUUCUCGUUGGCAUACAACUGGAAGCAUCCCAAGAGUUCCUAUGACAUUACAAAACGACAAUUUUACGAAAAAUCAAAAUCAUCAAAACGCAAACUUAGAUGUCGUUCAAAUGAGAUUUCAUCCUAGCAGACAAGUUUCUGUUGAUUUGAAUAACCAAGUGCAUAAUUCUUUAAAUAAUCAAGAUUUUAAUCGUCCUCCAUCUGUAGAGCCUGAUUAUUUAAAAAUUCCACAUUUCAAUGAUGACAGGGAACGAGAUAAUCGGAGAUUUACUAAAGUUUUACCGUCUACUCCACCAAAAGCUGUUUUAAGACCAAAUAGUAGAUAUUAUUAA